CUCCUAGUUUUCCUUUGUUGUUUCUAUUCCGUUUCCCUUGCUUGAACCAAACGCCCCCUUAACAUGAUUGGUGAGCUUUUUGAAGCGGUAUUAGCAACAUAUCUCGUCUCUAACAAUAUUAUUUGAUCACCAAAACUCCGAAGUUCGAAACUGACAGGCUUUAAAAUCCCAAAUUCAGGCUGCAGGUUUAUUUAGUUUUGAUACGUAUUACGCCAACUACUGAUUGCGGAGUUUGUUCAAACAAAAUCGAUUUACCGAGGUCCGAGAUUUAAUUUGCUUGAAGGAAUAGGAAUGGGGAAAGAAAAUAAUGCAGUUUCUUCCAUGGAUAUUGACAUUGACAAGUUGGAUCAACCUAAAUUUUCCAUUAAUGUUUUACAGCUGUUGAAAUCUGCUCAAAUGCAGCAUGGACUUCGCCAUGGUGAUUAUACUCGCUAUAGACGGUACUGCACAGCUCGUUUGAGAAGACUGUACAAGUCCCUCAAGUUUACCCAUGGCCGUGGAAAAUACAGCCGGAAAGUUAUUACUGAGAGCACUGUUAUUGAUGUAAGGUUUCUCCAUAUUCUUCUCUAUACUUCAGAAAGAGCAUGGAGCCAUGCUAUGGAGAAAAGACAACUAACAGGUCAUCCAAAACGACGCCAGCACAUCUAUCUAAUUGGCAGAUUAAGGAAAGCUGUAAAAUGGGCUACUCUUUUUGCACAGCUUUGUGCUAUCAAGGGAGAUUCGAGAACCUCUUUGGAAGCUGAGGCAUAUGCAUCAUAUAUGAAAGGUAACUUGUUGUUCGAGCAAGAUCAGAACUGGGAAAUGGCAUUAAGAAAUUUCAAGAGUGCCAGGGCGGUCUAUGAAGAGCUGGGGAAGUAUGGAGACCUAGAAAAUCAGCUUCUCUGUCGUGAACGUGUAGAGGAGUUAGAGCCUAGUAUUAGGUAUUGCUUACACAAAAUUGGUCAGUCCAACCUGCAAGCUUCAGAACUUCUGCAGAUUGGUGAAAUGGAGGGGCCAGCACUGGACCUUUUCAAAUCGAAAUUGGAGGCUGUUAUGGCUGAGGCGAGAUCUCAACAGGCUGCUUCAAUGACAGAGUUCAAUUGGCUCGGGCAGAGGUUUCCUAUUUCCAAUCCUAAGACAAGGGUUUCCAUUCUAAAAGCUCAGGAAUUGGAGCAGAAUCUGUAUAGUUCUGCUGACUCAGUGUCAGCUGAGAAAAAACUUGCAAUCUACGAUAAAAUUUUUUCUGCUUAUCAUGAUGCUAGAAGUUGCAUUCGUAAUGAUUUGGUCACUGCAGGCAGUGCUGAAAAUGUAAAAGAUGAUUUAAACGGACUUGACAAAGCUGUAAGUGCUAUUGUUGGACUGCGUACUAUAGAGAGGAACCAACUCUUAGUCAGUAUUUUCAAGAGCAAACUUAACAGAAGCCGUGAUGACAAAAAUGAAAAAGUUACCAAACCCGAGGAACUUGUUCGCUUGUAUGAUCUUCUAUUACAAAAUGUUGCGGAUCUAUCUGAUUUAGUGACUUCUGGCAGAGAUAGGAAACCGGAGGAAGUGGCAUUUGCGGAGGAAUGUGCUCUCAAAAGUUCAGCUUUCCGAGCAGAAAGGUGCUUUUACUCGGCAAAAUCCUACAGUUUGGCAGGAAAGAGAGCCGAAGCAUACUUAUUAUAUUCUCGCGCACUUUCUCUUGCUGAAAAUGCAAUGCAAAAGCUACAGAGCAUCGCAAACAGUGAACAGGAAAUAAUCAUGGCAGAGUUGAAGACAUUACAUUGUCAGUGCAGAUCAAACAUUUGCAUAGAACAUGCUGCAGGAAUCUUGGAAGAGCAGAAGGGUCCUGAAAAACUUUCCAAAAGGAUAUCCACUUUGUCUCUGACCGCAGCAGAAAAGAAGGAUAAGUUUCUUGCUGAGAAACUCGAUGUGUUCAAGCCAGCUGUCAGUGACUCCAGCACAAAAGUACCUCCCCGUAUAGAAGCUUUCCCUCCAGCUUUCCAGGCGAUCCCAAGGAAUCCAAUCGUUCUUGAUCUUGCUUAUAACAUGAUUGAUUUCCCGUCACUUGAAAACAGGAUGAAGAAGGUGAGAGGCGGCUUCAUGAGUAAGUUUUGGCGAUAAAUACACCCUAUCAAAUUGGUGCGAUUCUGGCGUGCUCCCAAGAUCCUUGAGUUUGAUAGUAUAGAUAUCUUAAGAGCCCAUCCUUCUGCUCCCAUGCUGGCUUCACCAAUAAUCAUAUAGCAUUACUUGAAAAUUUGAAUGAAUCAAGCAAAAAAUUAUAAAAAAAUCAUAAAAUAAGCCACGUUUGAACUUAUUUUCCAAAGUAAGCACUUUUUACCCAAAGCUGAUGUUUGGCUUGUUCGCUGUUACUAACAGCGAAUAAAGAGUCUGGUUAAAGAAAAGUCAAGUUUUUUGUUCGUUGUAACAGCGAACAAAGGAGACCUGGUCAAACAAGGUCAAACCUUUGUACGCUGUUACCAAGUAACUUUUGUUCGCUAUUACUAACAGCGAACAAAGUACUUGGCUUUUUUUGUCCAGCCCUUUUUGUUCGCUGUUAGUAACAGCGAACAAUCCAAACCUCAGGUCUGGGCAUAAAGUGCUUACUUUGGGAAUUAUUUUGAAACAUUGCUUAUUUUAUGAUUUUUUAUUUUUUUUUUUUGCUUAAAACACUUCAAAUUUUCGCAUUACUUGACAUGUUUUUGACGAAUGGACUAUUUUGCUUAUGCACAGUUUUGUAAUUUCAUAGGCUUAACAUUCUCACGAUCUCUUAAAUGAGACUGUCUUAUGGUGACACCAUUUCUAUUGGGUCGGCUCAAUGUAUACUUACGUCUUAAUAUGAUAAUUUAUAACCUUAACGUGAU